CAUUAUAUUACGGCUGACUUAUUAUUUUUCUUUGUCUAGCAUAUCGCUGCGUAUAUGAACGUCCUCAUACAAAGGUCCAUGCGAAAUCCCACUCCAUUCUGGUCCAAGCGGAUUGGUUUCGUAGACCCUUGGUUGUUAGGUUUUUGGGCUUUCAAUUACACGCAGUUUAGGAUGAACCCUGCUUCGUUCAAGUUCAAAGGCAGUGGUUAUGAAAAGUUGGUAAACGGGAGAUUACCCGAAGAAUUUACAACAAACUUGAAGUGGUAUGCAGAUGUGGAUCACGUGUACGGAUGUCUUCAAACCGGCGGUAAUCACUGGGUGGCGUUUCACGUGGAUCUGAUCAAGGAGAAGAUAGAUUGCUACGAUCCAAUCUAUGGAGAGUCAACACCCGAAAGUGAGCAAAAAAUGCUAAAUGCUUUUAGACCUCUACUGGAGAUGCUUCCCUGGAUGUUGAAUGAGCUUAUUCCUGCCGAUCUCCGAAAGCAUUCUAGGAAGAGGUUCGCAUUCAGACGGAGGAGCAAAAGAUACAUUCCACAAAACAACAUCAUAGGUGAUUGUGGGGUUUAUUCGUUGAAGUUUGUGGAGUGUCUAGCGCUUGGUGUAUCUUUUGAUGGCAUAAACGAUAGUAAUAUUCAAGGGUUACGGGUGAAGAUGGCAGCAGAUAUCCUCGAGGAAGGAGGAAAUGUUGGAAUGAACAAGUUGUUGUCAAAAUGAAACUGUGUUUGUUUGUGAACCUGUGUUUGUUGUUAUGUUAACUAUUUGACUUUGGAUAACUGCUGUAAUAACUCAGUCAUAUCGAUUAGUAAUACUCAGCCAGUACUUAUUGAUAACUCAGUCAUACCUCAAACAUACCCUAGAAUCAAAAUAAUUAAUAAUUUUUCAUUCGAAUGUUAUAUAUAAAGUCCAAUUAUCAAAAUAAUUAAUAAUAACUCAAUGUGUGAGCAUGAUCUUUGUUGACUAUACGAGUUUGGAAUCGAUUAUAAUCUUGAGGUAUAUGUUGUCUCUUACGAGUACCUAAAACUCUAGGCAGUGAUAUGAGGUGUGAGCAUGAUUCAAAACACGUAAACUGUUAUUGUGUUAUUUAUUAUGAAUUUGUGAUAUUUAUCAUAUCUUGUGGUUCGUACAUCAUAAAUCAUAACCCUAAACAAUCUUAUUCGGAACCCAAACCCUAAAUAACUAAACCCUAUACCCUAAACGGCAAACAACAAAUCAGCCGUAAAGGUCUUAAUAACUCAGCCUGUUAGUGUAAGUUAAUAUUUACAUAUGGCGCGAAAAUUUUAGAUAUUUUAUCUCGCGACCUUUAAUGUUCUAUACUUCCCCUAUAUAUAGCCCCCUUCUCUUGCACUUUCUCGCCUUAUCUCACUAGAAAACCUAAACAAUAUCUCUAUAUCGCCUUACAAAGUUAUGAUUGUUCCUGGUUAUUCAGAAAGGUUAGAGAACAGAGUCAAUGAGAUACUAAACUCUGAAAAUCGUGAAAACCUUCCCGUUCUAUACCCUGGCCCGGGUUUCUUGCUUGACAGCGUAAUCUGGUUUAAAUUUCUAAGCGAUCUCUCCCUGGCCAUCCCGUCGAUUUUAGCAGAAGGAUGGGUUCAUGAUUGGCCGACAUGGCGCGCCAUUCCCGAUCAUUUUAAGGAACGCUGGUUUCUUCAACUCGCUGUAAGGACAACAUCUUUGAAUUGUUUUUGAUAUUAGACAUAAUAACAGCACUUACAUUUGGAAAUUGGUUUUUUGUUGUAGCGCAAACGCACGUGGGCACGAAGAUAUAAUUUUCAAGUUUGGACAAAUUUUAAUCUGGUGGCCAGAACGGUGUUUCGUUGUCAGAUGCGCCUCUUGAAGAGGAGGUGGGCACAUGGGGGUGAGAAGCCUGCGUGGAUGCUAACUAGAGUUUGGCGUGAUCUUGUCCACAUGUUUGAAGAAUUUGGUCCUGAUAAUUUUGGUUUUAGUAAUUGAUUUGUUGUUUUUGUUUGUAUUCAGCCGUCAAGUUUUUGUAAAGUUGUUUAACUCAGCCGUUAAGUUUCUAUAAAGUUGUUUAACUCAGCCAUUAAGUUUCUAUUAAGUUGUUUAACUCAGCCGUUUAGUUUCUAUAAAGUUGUUUAACUCAGCCGUUAAGGUUUUAUAAAGUUGUUUAACUCAGCCGGAAUUGUUUGCGUCAAACGUCAGUGUUUCAGUUAAGUAACUCAGCCGUAAUACGAAUUAAGAUACUAAUAACUCAGCCUUAUAUUGUAAAAAUACAAAGCCAAAGUUAACGCUAUUUUCCAUGUAUUAUUAUGGCCGCCAUUACUUAAUCGAGACCAGUAUUAGAGUCCUUUAUUCUCUUAUUAUUAUACGUGCGAGAAAUUCCAUCGUCAUUGAGAAUAUCGAGACUCAUUAUUAUGGCCGUCAUUACAUUAUCGAGACUACUAUUAUUAGAGACCUUUAUUCUCUUAUUAUUAUGUGCAUGAGAAAUUUCGUUUGCAUUUGCAUUGAGAAUAUCGAGACUCAUUAUUAUACGGCUGGCACGCAUGUAUCGGAUUAUUUACAUAAUCGAGGUAUUGUUAUUUUUAAUGUAACUCAGUCAAUACAUCUACGUUAACUCAGCCAAAAUAUAGACACUAACACAGCCGUAAUACGAAUUCAACUUAAGUGUUUGAUAUAAUAAUAAAGAACCUUUCGUAUUUCUUGAUUUGAUUGAGUAUUCGUCAUAAUUAAAGUGCAUCACGUGUGUGAAAAAAUACGGCUCAAACCUAAUAUCGAGGCAUUUAAUAGUUUAUUAAUUUAAAUUAUUCCUCUUUAUUUGAAUUUUAAAAAAAAAAUGAUUUUAUAUUACUACCACUAUUGUUUUAACUUUGUCUUUCACACCAAUUUCUCUUUCAUUCAAAGAAAAUGUCUUCUUCAUCAUCUGUGUCUGGUAACACUUACUUUCACCGCCGGCAUGUGGAAAGAGGAACGCCGAAACAGUGUUGGUGUGGUGAACCCGCUGAAUUAUGUACAUCUGCAUCACGGGCUAAUCCAGGACGACUGUACUAUUGCUGUCGCAAAGGAUAUAUUAAGGUUUGAUUUUUAAUUUUAUUCAUUAUACUGUCAAUGUGAUACUAAGAGCUGGGCAUGUUGGUGAAAUCAGAGACAUUUAUUCAAAUGGGCGGACGAGUGCUUGGUGGAAGAGGUAGAAGAUAUGAAAUCGGUGAUGAGUGACAUGACCAAAGGCAUAUCAGAUCUGAGAGUAGACGUUGGUCGGUUGGAGAAAGAACUCGGUAAAGCGGAAAAGAUGAAGUGUUUGAUGUUUCCAGUGGUGGUUUGUGGGUUUGGUAUGGCCAUAUUUUGGCACUAUUUCUUUGCGUAGUCAUGUGUUGUAAUCAUAAUUUAGACGCAAUGUUUUUAGUAACUCAGCUAUUAAGUUCAAUGCAACUCAGCCAGUACGUUAAUUAAUUCAUAAUCAAACAAUAACCCAGCCAUAAUACGAGUAUUCGUCAGUCAUAACGUUUUAAUAACUCAGUUAUAACGUUAACUGCAAUUCAGCCGUUAUGUUAAUUAAUUCAUAUCAAACAAUAACCCAGCCAUAAUACGAGUAUUCGUCAGUCAUAACGUUUUAAUAACUCAGUUAUAACGUUAACUGCAAUUCAGCCGGUACGUUAAUUAAGUCACUAUCAAACAAUAACCCAGCCAUAAUACGAGUAUUCGUCAGUCAUAACGUUUUAAUAACUCAGUUAUAACGUUAACUGCAAUUCAGCCGGUACGUUAAUUAAGUCACUAUCAAACAAUAACCCAGCCAUAAUACGAGUAUUCGUCAGUCAUAACGUUUUAAUAACUCAGUUAUAACGUUCACUGCAACUCAGCCGUUACGUUAAUUAAGUCAUAAUCAAACAAUAACCCAGCCAUUAUAUGAGUAUUAGUCAGCCAUAAAAAGAGACAUACAUAAAUUUCUGGUUCGACAUACAUAAGUUUAGGUUCAAAAUCACUCUUCCCUUUCCGGACAUACACACAUUAGUGGAGUAGUUUUCCCAUCUCCAACCACAUUGAACACAAAUAAGUCUCCUAUGGCGCAUCUGUUAGCACGACAGAACUUUCUCCAGCCUCUUCUGAUGUAAUACAUGCCGUCUGCUUCGCUAAAUCGCAAACUCACAGUCCAUGAAUUUCCCUCUUUGUUGACAAGUAUUAUCUCUUGGCAUUGUUUGUUCAAAGCAGUACAAGUCGUAGCUCCCUCAGGAAGAUACUGCAAACACAGAACGUAAAGACACAGAACAGAUCAAACCAUAUGUUAAUAACUAACUAAAUACUGCAAACACAGAACGUAAAGACACUGAACAGAUCAAACCAUAUGUUAAUAACUAACUAAAUAUGGUCUAUAACUGAAAAUCGACUCACAAGUUUGUCUUCUUUUAGAUUCGAAGCAGUGACCUCAGCCUGAAAACAAUAGUCAAAUGAGAAAGAAGGAACAUCAUCCGCAUCGGCUUCUUCCUUGAUGAUGUGAGGAUGUGUAUACUGAAUCUCACAACAGCUAGGACCAAAUGGUGUGACAUGAAACACCAUAUCUCCUUCGUGUUUGAAGAUGACAAUGUCACCGAUUUGAAGGUCAUGUGCUGUGGUGAAAUCUUUCCAACCUCCGGUGAGUCUCCUGCCUUCUUGUAUCACUUCCCAAGUUUGAUCUGUAGCGUCCGAUCUUAGUUUCCAUGUUUUCCGGUUUGUCUUCCCUUCUAUGUGUUGUGAGAAGAAGCCAAGUGGUAUUGUCUGCAGGUCAGAAAAGCCAAAGAUAAGCAAACUCUAAAAUAGGAACAUAUACACAUGAGAAAUAGAGAGUGUGUGUCUACCACGCCACUGUGGAAAUCGGGAAGCAGAGGCUUCAAGAAAUGAGGUUUGUGCGAAUUAGGCAUCUGCAAACAAGAAAAGAAUGGGAAGAAAACAUCAUCGAACCGAAGCUGAAUCCACAAAUCUGCAAAAGAGAGGCUUCGGUUUUACCUUCGUAUCGAAAUCGCCUGUCGUCGAGAGCUUUUCCUUUUUUUUCGCGUUGGGACGAAAAUGAUUUCUUUUUUUUUCCUUGUGUAAAGUAAAUAAUGCCGGAAAAUAUAACUCAGCCGUAACAUUGUUAAUAAUUAAUAAUGCCGAAGAAUAAAACUCAGCCGUAACAUUGUUAAUAAUUAAUAAUGCCGAAGAAUAAAACUCAGCCGUAACAUAGUUAAUAAUUAAUAAUACCGAAAACUAAACCUCAGUCGUAAAAUUGUUAAUAUUUAAUGAUGUCGAAAAAAUAAAAGUUGGCCAAAAGAGUCAUACAUAAUUUAACUCAGUGUCGAGUUAUGUCCUGACACGCAUGUCCGAGUAAUUUACGAUAUCGAGGUCAUUAUAUGUUUAUUUUAUUUGGACACGCGUGAUCUUUAUAUUUAAUAUGAUUUCCCUAUUAUAUUUCCAAUAUUUACAAGUAAAAGAUAAAGGAAAAACCAGAGUCGACUUCUAAAACCUAAAGUAAGUCUCUUUCGUCCAAAAUCGAUUUUGAAUUAUUUUUUGUAUUUUGGCCUUGUUCGAUUUUGCAUUAUUUUUGUGUGCUAUGAUGUAUAAAUUAGAUGGAUCUACAGCGUGGAAUUCCAAGGACGUGCGACUGUGGAGCUGCUACCAUUGUGUUAACGUCAGGUACAAUAAAGAAUCCGGGUAGAAGAUUUUAUCGAUGUGGAGCAAAUUCGGGUCAAAACCAUGUUUUCAAAUGGCUUGAUGAAGCACAUGAUGAAGAGUUUGUAGUUGUGGCAAACAAACUCGCGACGAUAGAGCAGGAUUUGGCCGCUAUAAAAGCAGAAUUAGAUGAUAUGAAGAAAGACAUAACUGAGAUCAUAAAAAUUAUUGAAUGUCUUAGGAUGAAGUCUUAAAUGUAUUAGUUGCUACUACUACUUCUUUGUUUACUCAGAUUCUGUACUCAUAAGUCAGUCUAUGUUUAUGUAACUCGGAUUUAACUCAGCCGUUGUUAAUUUCUUCCGAAACAACAACUCAGCCGUAACAUGUAAUAAUAUCAGUCUUAACGUUUAGGUGAACAAUCAAAAAACAGUCAUAUUUCUAACAAUAAAAAAACAAUCAAAACUCAGCCAUAAGAUGAAAAUAACUCAGCCAUAAGAUGAAAAUAAGUCAGCCAUAAGAUGAAAAUAACUCAGCCAUAAGAUGAAAAUAA